AUGGUGGUCGCGGGAUUUCUUGGCUCCUGGGCUCUGCUUCUGCUCGUAGUGCUGUUGCGCAAGGACUUCGAGGAGCAGGUCAUCGAUGCCGCAUUUUGCGGCCAGCUGGUUGGGCCUGGGGUUACCUUUUCUUUACUUAGUGACGCCAAUGUCGUUGCGAACGAUUUUGAGUGGACUUUCGACUCAUGCUGUGACAUUGGGAGCGCGAGUGUAUGUGAUUUCCUCUUUGCUGAUCGGGCUCGCCUUGGGCCUUAUCGGGGUGUACGCGUGGGCGAGGCUAGUCAUCCCGGACCGGGGGGCAGCAAGAGAACGGCCCGCAAGCGCAAGCAGGCGCUCAUGCAGGCGAUUCGGGACCUUGGGCCCAAGCAGCUGCGAUCUCUCCUCAAGGAUGUGUUUCGGGACUUUGUGCAGCUCGGUGUAGGGCCGGUGGCUUCCUUUGCGGCGGCUCCUGCUGCUGAUGCGAGCCGGCGGCCUUUGCGUGAUGAUUGGCAUCCGGACUGGGAUGGAUGGGACUGGGAACCCGAGGUGGCUCCUUCGUCUUCCGUUGCCACGGCUCCUGGUGAUGAUGGGUGCUGGCAGGCCUCGCGUGAUGACUGGCAACCUGGAUGGAAUGACUGGGAUUGGGGCACUUCUGCUCGCUGGCCUUCCGGCUCGGGCCGGCGGUGCACCCAGGACGACGCCGACUACGACUGGUCCGGCUGGCGGGCUCCUUCUCAGCCUGCGUGGGAUUCGGUUUGGGAUGCUGCGGCUACCGAGGGGGCGCGCGCGGGGCAUGCUGUUUCUUACUAUGCUGCGCCACGGCGGUCUCCUACCAAGGCUGCGGCGCCUGAUGCUUCAACGCGUGUGGUUACUACGAGCCGUCGCUGGGCUGAUCUUCAGGACGAGGCUGAGGAUGAGGUGCGUGCGGCAGCGGCUUGCUCGGCUACUACCACCAACGGACCCAAAACCAGCCAUUUCUCCAAAAAGCAGCGUGCUUUGGCUUGCGAGGCCGAUGCUUGGACUUUACGCCGGGAUCUUUGGGCUUCCAAUGGUCCCUUUGCUUUCGCAUCUUCGGUGACUGAGCUUUGUGGGAUUUUGGAUAAUGCCGAAGGGGUGUCCAUCCUGACCAUCGUGCAAUCUUUGCAGGAGGCCGAGGAGGUUUGGGAUAUCAUGCGCAGUGCCGCCGAUGACGAUGAUGGUCCCGAAAACUCCUUAACUCUUCUUUGUGCUGCUGGUCAAGAGCGGGAGCUGUGGUCCACUGAGGUCAGUGAGAAGGCUGCUUUAGUGCCAGUACCGGGCGUGCAAGACGGUAAGCUUCGUCAUCUUAGGCACUGGGUGCUCUCUGUCGGCGGUGACCCUCCUUCUUUGUCUACCAGGGAGGCGGGUACGCAUACCGUGCGCAAGCCGCCGCCGUCUUUGCCAGCGCAGCGUGCCAGGUCGUUGUUGGUGAGGGUCACAUGUGAGCAUGCAUACAAUCCGGAGAAGUGGAGUGAGAUCGCUCGUCAGCCGGGGAAGUUUGCUCGAGUUUGGGCUGGCACUCAAGGGGUGAGGCAAGUCGAUAUCGUUGACACUUUUGGUUUUGGCAUGCAUGGCAAAGCUCGCCUAGCUGGCCUCGUUCGUGUCGCGAAUGCCGAUGCCGCUUGCAAGCUUUGGAAGGCGUCGGGCUCCUCGUCGGGGGGCGUGACCCUCUUUGUCGACCUUGUUGCCGAGGCCAAGGACCUUGCUGAACAGUGGGCUAAGGACCAGGUUGCCGUUCAGUGGUUUAAGUGGGGCGAGAAGGAGUCGUUCGAGCAGUACUUGCAGCGGGUUCGGCAGCAGGCACCGUUGGGUGUGGUCUUAGGUCGGACUGAAUUGGGUCGUCGCAUGCGGAGCGGGGACCCUGAGUACACUGCUUCACCAGUGACCUGGCGGGCGAGAGCCGUGCCUUCGCACUACGGUUUGGCCGAUGUGGCGACCUUGAUCGGCGAAUUGGGGUUUCAGGAUGUGGUGGUCCUUUCGUGCCACCGGAGCAAGAAGGGCAAUGACUGGAACUUCAAGGCCCUCCGAUCCGACCGCAAGCAGAUGCUCCAGCAGCGCGUUGACUGGGGCCACGGGGACGUUAGUGAGCUGGUUGUUGUCAGGGAGAGCACGCGGCGGGGGAGCCUUGAGCAUUCCUUGCCGUAUGUUCCCAUUGCUAAUCGGCGGUCCAUCUCCUUUGGGGAAAAGGCCACUGUGACUCUUCAGUCUGCCAAGAAGUCUCGCGGUCGACGCGCUACUGCGGCUGCGGCGCCUGCUGUUGGCGAGGCUUCCGCUGCUUCGCCUCGUGGUGCCAAGAGACCUGCGCCUGGUCAGGAGGGGGCCAUGCGUGUGGAUGGCGAGGGCGGCGAUGAUGCUGCUCAUCCGUGGGCUCCGCUGGGCAAGAGCAUUGAGAACCCCGGAGAGGGUAAUUGUCUCUUUCAUGCUUUGGCGGCUCUUGAUUUGGGCGGGAAGACUCGCUCGCAUCGGCAACUUAGAAGGUACGCUUGCAUCGCCUUGGAAAAGCACGCCGCAACGCUCCAGCCUUUGUGGACCGCGUCAGGCUGCCACAACACUCUGGGGCGGCCCUCGACUUUGAGCUGGGAUGGCUAUGUGAAGGAGAUCUCUGCCAACGCCGCGUGGGGCGGUUGCCUUGAGGUCCUGGCCAUCAGCAUCGACUUGUCGCUGCGCGCCUGGGUCUACACCAGUGGGGGGGCCCUUCACUUGCUCAAUCCGACUGGGAGCGCCGGUUUCCUUGCUCUGCGCUUCGACACGGAUCGCGAGCAUUGGGAGGCUUAUGCGGACAUUGAUGAGGCUCACCUUCGUGAUCAUCAUGCGGAGGCUGGCGGGGGCUCCUUUGUCUACGCUGACAACCUGUGUCGAGGCGGUGGCGCUCUCUCAGACUGUGCCACGGCUACUUCUUCUUUGGCUGCGGAUGCUCCUGGGGGUUCCGUUGCUGGUGACGGCGCUCAGGCUCCUUUUCCUUCUUUGUCGGAUUGCGCGUCGGUGGCUGCGACUCUGGUUUCGGACGAGGAGAAGACUGCAUAUGCCGCCUUGUGUGAUGUUCUCUUUGACCAGCAGAUCAUCGAUGAUCCGAUCAAGCUUGCGGCCGGCAUCAGAGUCUCGCUCCGGUGCCCCUCACUUUCUGGGCUCCAGCGGCAGGGAGUCUUGGAUCGAGUUCUCGCUGAGGUGAAGGAGCUUCAUGGGAAUGAGGCUGCGGAUCCCUGGACUGCGGGCCAGUUUGAGGCCAUCCUGGGCGCUCUGCGUGAUGCUGCGGGCUCUGCGGGGCUGUUUCCUUCUUUGUCAGAGUGCGCUUCUGGCUCAGGUGCUAACGCUCAGCUGCAGUUUCCUUCUUUGUCGGAGUGUGCCUCGGCGACUGCUACGUCUCGGAGCAAGAGGGCUAGACCUACUCCUAAGGCCAACUCGCACUGGUACGCCCCUUCAGCUGCUGAAGUUCGUGCUCUUCGUGGCGCUGCUCCUGGUGCUCCACGCAAAAGGCAUGCUCCUGUUCCUUCUGGCGCUUCUGGCAGCUGUGUCGCUGGUGCUGGUGGCGAGCUUUCGGGUGCGGAGUCUGUUGCUGAGGAUGCUGGCGAGCCUCCGCGCAAGCUGCAGUUGGUUGAGUGGUACAAACGCGGUUCUUCUACUCAUCCGGCUCGGCAGCCAGAUGGUUCGUUCAAGGAGCGCUGUGCUCAUUGCCCGCACAUCUUUGUUGACGCCUCCACCGACGGGUUGGCCAAGCGACGUUAUGAUCACUACAAGCGAUGGCAUCCGGAGGAGCCUCGGCGGUGUGGGCGGCCGGUGGCGCCGGUCAUUGACUUGAUCCGUCUUCCGCGUGGAGCUCCCGCUGACUGGCGUUGUCCUUUGUGUUCCUUUGGCAUCCCCGCUGGUGGCAGGGCUGGUUUCUCGACUACUGCUUUCGCCAACACCAGGGAUCGGCAUCGGCUUGCUGCGCACUCUGACUACUGCAAGUACAGCUAUGCCUAUGAGUGUCGGCUGCCGGCUUUAACUGCUGGUGGUCAUGUCAUGCGCCGUCGGGUUUCGGAGCUGAAUCGUCAGCCUGGUCGGCGCAAGAAGAGUGGAGAGGAGCUGGGGCUUGAGGGCUUUCGGGCUUUCACGUGGCCUCGUCUACUGAAGCAUCGGCACAAGAUGCGGCUACGCUUUUCUUCGGCUUGGCGAUGUUUGUGGUGCACUCAGUCUUUCCUCUUUGUCAAGGUUGCUCGUGCUCACAAAUGUGGUCCUGCUGACCCACAGACGGUGAAGCGGCGCCAGACCCAGGUGCGCCAAGUGUGGAAGGAUUGCAAGGGCAAGGCUCAUGAGCAUGGUGUCGAUGAUAAGACCUUGCGUGCUGUCGUUGACGGCGUCCCCAAGCUCGCCGCCAUCGCUCAGCUGAUUUUUGAAGGGGAUACUCAGUGUGAUGUUCUUUGCCUCCAGGAGCUUGACGUGCCCACUGUGACUGCCGCCAGGUUCGUGGAACAGUGUCGCCGCCAUGGGCUCUACGCUUACUUGGAUGCGGCCACUGGGGGCUUGCACAGGACGGGCAUCCUUUCUCGGGUUCCGGGGAAGGCUGUCUCUGUGGAUGGGAUGGCUGCUGUUCGGUGCAACUGCGUGCUCUUUGAGCUCUUCGCUGCGGGCGGCUUCGUUAAGCUUCUCACUGUCAAGCUUGCUAUUGAGGCGCUCCGUGCUUCGCGCUACGAGUGGGUGCUCUUGGGCGACUUCAACCUUGACCCUCACAACGACCCGGAGAUGAAUCAGGCCAUCGCGCAGGGGUUGGCUUGGCAUUGGGAUGAGCCCUUUUCCUGCUGUGCUGCUACGCGCUCCAGUGGCAGACGCUUGGAUUAUGCUUUAGGCACUGGGCGCCUCUACCCGGUCUCCACCUUUCAGGCAUGGACUUGUUCGGAUCAUGCGCUCGUCGGCUACGCGGUCAACUUUUCUGAUCCUGGAGGCGGUCGUGGUCCAGCUCGCAAGGCGCUUGGUUCCGCUGCGGUCUCUUCUGAUCGGUGGGAGCAGCUGUGGGGCGACGCAGGGGCCUUCAACCAACUUCUUCGGCAGGGCCGUGUGAAUGAGGCUUGGGCUCUCCUUUCUGACACAGCUGAGGCUGCGCUGUGUGCAGAGGGCUCUGGUGCUGCUUCGGGCCGCGCUUUUGGUUGCCCUCGCUCUUCUUCCUGGACGCCGGUGCGGGCUUCUCAGCGCUCAAAGGCGGCGCAGGGCUCUGAGUCCCUGUUGGCGGUUCAACUUCGACGGCUCCACCGACGGCUUCUUCACUUGGGCUUGCACCCGGAGGAGGAGGCGCUCCGUGCAGUGGUGAGGCGGCAGCUUCGGCAGUUGACUUCUAAGGUCCCUGAGCUUUCUGGCCUGACGCUUCGUGACCCGGCUGCCGCGGCUUUGGUUGUGGGCGAGCUCGUGGCCCGCACUGAGGCCGAGAGUCGGGAUCAUGCUUUGCAGUGCUGGCGCAGCCGUAUGCGCGAGGAUCCUGCCAUGCUCCGUGCCUGGGUGAAGCGACGCGCGCGUGAGGAAACUGACUUGGCUCGGCCUGUUCCGCCGCUGGGCAGUGUCUCGGUGCAGCAAGCGGUGCACCCAACUCGUGUGAUCCAGGAGGCGGAGGUUGAGUGGAUGCGGCGCUGGGGCCGGCGACCUUCUUCUGACAGCGCCUCUUCGGUUGCGCAGCUUCUGGAAGCCGUGCCUUUGCUCCCUGAGGUGCAGCAGUGGAGCCCGGACCUUUCGGGCCCUGCGCUUUUCAAGAUCGCUAAGGCCAUGACUGGUAAGGCCGCUGGGCCCGAUGCCUGGCGCAUCGAAGAGUGGUUGUUGCUUCCUGAAGGUUUCUGGCGCGCUUUUGCGCAGUUGUGGACUCACGUUUUGGCCGGUGGGGCUGUGCCGCAACGGUGGUCUGAAGGCAAAGUGGUCCUCAUUCCCAAGGCUGGCAGUGGGAUGAGGCCUUUGACCGUGCUCAACAUCGCCUGGCGCAUUGGGGCAAAAGCCAUUGCUAUGUCCUUGAGGGAGUGGGCGUCGUCGUGGGCGAGCAGCAGAACCUUGGGCGGCAUCGGCCGCCGCUCUGUGCGGGACGUCUUCCUUCAGGUCAUCGAUUCGCUCGCGGAGGAGGAGAACUGCUACGUGCAACAAGACCUCAGCAAGUUCUUCGACAGUGUCCAGCUGCCCCUGCUGCUUCAGACUCUCCGCAGGUUUCAAGCGCCGGCGGCUCUGCUGGCGCUGGUCCAGGCCUUCUACGACUCGCACUGGCGCGUCUUCACCUACCUGGGCAGCUUCGGUGAGAAGUGGCAGAGGAUUACCUGUGGUGUGGCUCAGGGAUGUCCUUUGUCGCCGGUGCUGGUGGCUACGUUGAUGGCCACCUGGAGCAUCCAUGUGGAAGGCGCUCCUGCUGUCGGCACGCGGCCUGUUCGCACUGUCUCCUUCGUGGACGACCGCUUGGUCUGGAGCGCUUCGGGCGAGUCCCUCAGCGCGGCCAUGGUGCGCAGUCGCUCCUUCGACGAGGCCUUUCUGCUGGACUGUGACCGCACCAAGUGCCGUGUGGGUGUUCGUCGGGGACAGGCGGCAGGGCUGGCUUUGGCCAGCAACUUGGGCUACGACGCCUCCGACUCGUUGGACCUCCUGGGCCUACGCUUGGUGCUGGACCCUACGGUCGUGCCUGAGGUCACCCGUUUUAAGAUUGCUACGGCUCGCCGUCUGUUCCGCUUCAUCGGGUUGACUCCGGCGCCUCUGGAGUUCAAGCAGCUGAUGGUGCGGACCCUGGUGCUUCCCCUGGCUACAUGGGCGGGCGGCUUUGCGCGCGUGUCUGAGGAGCAGCUGUCCCAGCUCAACACCGAGGCGAUCGUUCUUCUGGGCUCUCGCAACGUCUGCGACGCUGCGCGUGUGCUGCUGUGCGAGGUCGCUGGUUGGGACUCCUGGCCGGCCUUUGCCUACCAGAAGGCGGCGCUCCUGGAGGCUGUUCGCCUUCACUCCGUGGGGCCAAGCUGGCUGGAGGACGCUCCUCUUACCUUUGCGGCGAAGAAGUGGUACGACCUCUUGCCGGUUUCCAACGAGGUGGUGCGUGACCUUGGCUGGUGGGUGCACUCUUCUGGCGACUACCUGUUCCGUCGUGACUCGGUUGGGGUGGUUAGGCGGUUUCAGUUAGGCGUUGACUCCAGGGAGGUCCUCUUCGAGUGGCUUCGUGACGUUCACCGGCGUCUUCGCUUGAACCGGUGCCCGCGGGUGACCUCUUCACUGCGGCGCGAGCCCGAGCCAGAGCUGGCGCAGGGCCUGGACUUGCCGGGGCCGCCUCCCGAUACCUUGUGUGUCUUUCAAGGACAUGUGCGCGCUUGGCGUCGUGCAAGGACUGGCUUGGAGCGUGCGACCGCGCUGGCUGGUGGCUGCUCCUGGUGGUACAAAUCCAAGCGGAGCUACGAGCACGCGGGAGUUCGACCGCCGGAGCAUCGCUGUCUGUGUGGGCUUCGACGGCCCUCUCGGCCUCACUUGGUGUGGUCCUGCUCUCGUACUGCUGCUUUUCGCUCUGACCUCGGUGUGCCUGCCACGAGGUUGGAAGAGAGACUUUUCGCUCGUGGAGUUCCUGAAAUUCCACAGCCUCCGACGCCGAUCGAUUACGACGGCCUUCUCGAGGACAUCGCUUGUGCCUUGGAUGAUAGGAUGAGGGUUGCUCCGGAUGCUGUGCUUUACGUGGCGACGGACGGCAGUGUCGUUGACGACGUCUCUUCGUGGGCUGUGGCUUUUGAGGAUGGUGUUGCUUUCAGUCAAGGCAUUGGCGCUGAGGACCAGUCCCCUCACCGCGCCGAGUGCGAAGGGCUGCUGGCUUUGCUUCGUGCUGCUGUCAGGUGUGAGUGUCGAGGCGAGCUUCACGUGGUGUGCGACUGCAAGGCUGCCUUACAGGUUGCUCAGGGUGGUGGUCUGGAACGCUUGCUGGCCAACUUGUUCCUCGAGGAGCGUCGGCGACUCGGCAGACUUCUCGUUGUGCAUCUCUGGUGGUGCCCUUCUCACGAGAAGCCGGCGCCUGCCUCUUGGGCCUGUCCGCCUUGUGGCGAAGUUCGUGCUAGGAAGCUGAAUGCUCUUGCAGACACUGAUGCUGCUGAUUGGGAGUCUCGCGCUUUGGAGGCACUCCUUGGCGUGGCCAGCGUCUGGAGGGCGGCGCAGGGCUCUGAGUCCCUGUUGGCGGUUCAACUUCGACGGCUCCACCGACGGCUUCUUCACUUGGGCUUGCACCCGGAGGAGGAGGCGCUCCGUGCAGUGGUGAGGCGGCAGCUUCGGCAGUUGACUUCUAAGGUCCCUGAGCUUUCUGGCCUGACGCUUCGUGACCCGGCUGCCGCGGCUUUGGUUGUGGGCGAGCUUGUGGCCCGCACUGAGGCCGAGAGUCGGGAUCAUGCUUUGCAGUGCUGGCGCAGCCGUAUGCGCGAGGAUCCUGCCAUGCUCCGUGCCUGGGUGAAGCGACGCGCGCGUGAGGAAACUGACUUGGCUCGGCCUGUUCCGCCGCUGGGCAGUGUCUCGGUGCAGCAAGCGGUGCACCCAACUCGUGUGAUCCAGGAGGCGGAGGUUGAGUGGAUGCGGCGCUGGGGCCGGCGACCUUCUUCUGACAGCGCCUCUUCGGUUGCGCAGCUUCUGGAAGCCGUGCCUUUGCUCCCUGAGGUGCAGCAGUGGAGCCCGGACCUCUCGGGCCCUGCGCUUUUCAAGAUCGCUAAGGCCAUGACUGGUAAGGCCGCUGGGCCCGAUGCCUGGCGCAUCGAAGAGUGGUUGUGGCUUCCUGAAGGUUUCUGGCGCGCUUUUGGGCAGUUGUGGACUCACGUUUUGGCCGGUGGGGCUGUGCCGCAACGGUGGUCUGAAGGCAAAGUGGUUCUCAUUCCCAAGGCUGGCAGUGGGAUGAGGCCUUUGACCGUGCUCAACAUCGCCUGGCGCAUUGGGGCCAAAGCCAUUGCUAUGUCCUUGAGGGAGUGGGCGUCGUCGUGGGCGAGCAGCAGAACCUUGGGCGGCAUCGGCCGCCGCUCUGUGCGGGACGUCUUCCUUCAGGUCAUCGAUUCGCUCGCGGAGGAGGAGAACUGCUACGUGCAACAAGACCUCAGCAAGUUCUUCGACAGUGUCCAGCUGCCCCUGCUGCUACAGACUCUCCGCAGGUUUCAAGCGCCGGCGGCUCUGCUGGCGCUGGUCCAGGCCUUCUACGACUCGCACUGGCGCGUCUUCACUUACCUGGGCAGCUUCGGUGAGAAGUGGCAGAGGAUUACCUGUGGUGUGGCUCAGGGAUGUCCUUUGUCGCCGGUGCUGGUGGCUACGUUGAUGGCCACCUGGAGCAUCCAUGUGGAAGGCGCUCCUGCUGUCGGCACGCGGCCUGUUCGCACUGUCUCCUUCGUGGACGAUCGCUUGGUCUGGAGCGCUUCGGGCGAGUCCCUCAGCGCGGCCAUGGUGCGCAGUCGCUCCUUCGACGAGGCCUUUCUGCUGGACUGUGACCGCACCAAGUGCCGUGUGGGUGUUCGUCGGGGACAGGCGGCAGGGUUGGCUUUGGCCAGCAACUUGGGCUACGACGCCUCCGACUCGUUGGACCUCCUGGGCCUACGCUUGGUGCUGGACCCUACGGUCGUGCCUGAGGUCACCCGUUUUAAGAUUGCUACGGCUCGCCGUCUGUUCCGCUUCAUCGGGUUGACUCCGGCGCCUCUGGAGUUCAAGCAGCUGAUGGUGCGGACCCUGGUGCUUCCCCUGGCUACAUGGGCGGGCGGCUUUGCGCGCGUGUCUGAGGAGCAGCUGUCCCAGCUCAACACCGAGGCGAUCGUUCUUCUGGGCUCUCGCAACGUCUGCGACGCUGCGCGUGUGCUGCUGUGCGAGGUCGCUGGUUGGGACUCCUGGCCGGCCUUUGCCUACCAGAAGGCGGCGCUCCUGGAGGCUGUUCGCCUUCACUCCGUGGGGCCAAGCUGGCUGGAGGACGCUCCUCUUACCUUUGCGGCGAAGAAGUGGUACGACCUCUUGCCGGUUUCCAACGAGGUGUUGCGUGACCUUGGCUGGUGGGUGCACUCUUCUGGCGACUACCUGUUCCGUCGUGACUCGGUUGGGGUGGUUAGGCGGUUUCAGUUAGGCGUUGACUCCAGGGAGGUCCUCUUCGAGUGGCUUCGUGACGUUCACCGGCGUCUUCGCUUGAACCGGUGCCCGCGGGUGACCUCUUCACUGCGGCGCGAGCCCGAGCCAGAGCUGGCGCAGGGCCUGGACUUGCCGGGGCCGCCUCCCAAUACCUUGUGUGUCUUUCAAGGACAUGUGCGCGCUUGGCGUCGUGCAAGGACUGGCUUGGAGCGUGCGACCGCGCUGGCUGGUGGCUGCUCCUGGUGGUACAAAUCCAAGCGGAGCUACGAGCAGGCGGGAGUUCGACCGCCGGAGCAUCGCUGUCUGUGUGGGCUUCGACGGCCCUCUCGGCCUCACUUGGUGUGGUCCUGCUCUCGUACUGCUGCUUUUCGCGCUGACCUCGGUGUGCCUGCUACGAGGUUGGAAGAGAGACUUUUCGCUCGUGGAGUUCCUGAAAUUCCACAGCCUCCGACGCCGAUCGAUUACGACGGCCUUCUCGAGGACAUCGCUUGUGCCUUGGAUGAUAGGAUGAGGGUUGCUCCGGAUGCUGUGCUUUACGUGGCGACGGACGGCAGUGUCGUUGACGACGUCUCUUCGUGGGCUGUGGCUUUUGAGGAUGGUGUUGCUUUCAGUCAAGGCAUUGGCGCUGAGGAUCAGUCCCCCCACCGCGCCGAGUGCGAAGGGCUGCUGGCUUUGCUUCGUGCUGCUGUCAGGUGUGAGUGUCGAGGCGAGCUUCACGUGGUGUGCGACUGCAAGGCUGCCUUACAGGUUGCUCAGGGUGGUGGUCUGGAACGCUUGCUGGCCAACUUGUUCCUCGAGGAGCGUCGGCGACUCGGCAGACUUCUCGUUGUGCAUCUCUGGUGGUGCCCUUCUCACGAGAAGCCGGCGCCUGCCUCUUGGGCCUGUCCGCCUUGUGGCGAAGUUCGUGCUAGGAAGCUGAAUGCUCUUGCAGACACUGAUGCUGCUGAUUGGGAGUCUCGCGCUUUGGAGGCACUCCUUGGCGUGGCCAGCGUCUGGAGGGAACAGAUGAUCUAUAUGUGGAAUGUCUUGACGGCAAUCUUUUUCACCCAAGUGCUGAUGGUGAUUGGCUACUGCGGAGCUUUGGCUUGCUUCCCGGACUACUGGUGGACCUGUACCCUGUGCUUCGGCAUCCCAUUUUCGUACAUUGCCAUCCAGAACAUUUACAUUGACCACGAUGUGAUGCAUGGCGCCACUUUCCCGGUUUACGAGUGGCAGCGCUUCUUGACUCACCCCUUUGCCGACUUUUUCAGCUUGCCGUGGGAGGAGUUUGUCCUGGAGCACAACAGGCAUCACGCCUCGACAGUUGACCUGCUUAUCCAGGGUGAGUUCGGCUGGGACCCCGAGGAGUUCCACUACGCCCUGCAGCAGUGGGCUGGGCCAUGGGGCUCGAACUGGUACAAGUACCUGCUCACCGUCCCUUUCAUCCCUGUUAUCCACUUCUUCGGCCUGAACGACACCGGCUCUCUCUUCGCCCUGGAGUGGUGGAUGCACUUCCCGGAUGAAGGUGCAGGCGGAAAGUGCAACAAGGAGUUCUGGAGCAAGUGGGUUCCUCGCCGCAUCAAGCACAACGCCUUUGUGCUCGGCCUCUGGACGUGCGUGUGGCUGUUGGGCACCUACCCUCUGGGACGUCCUCUCAGCGAGGGCUGGCGUUUCAUGUUCGCCGUGUCCUUCUUCGCCCGCGUCGGGUACUCGGCCGCCUGGAUGUUCAUCACCAACUUUACCCACUCGUUACCUUGGAACGAGUUCCUGGCGCAAGAUCCGGGACGCACCUGGCCGGUGCUUCAUAACAUUAUGGCCAUGGUGCUCGGUGGCAAGCACCGCUGGAACGAGAUGCUCUUCCACGAUGUGCACCAUGCUUUUCCGAAUGCGGUCGGCACGCUGAGCCAGCGUGGCCGCUUCCACGGCUGGGAGAAGGUGCAGGGCACCUUGGGGCUUUACCUUUGGUGUUCUUAG